GCCUGGGAGCGGCUCUGGGACGCGUCUGGCGGCGCUGGCACGGCCCCAAAUCGCCCCGAGACCGGGCUCCGGACAGCAGCUCCCCGGUGGCUCUGCAGUGACUGGGAAAGGUCAGGGACCUGCAGGUGCCUGGGACACGAGGGACUGGACAGUGACAGGGAGAAGGUGCAGAGCCCAGGGAGCAGCUGGAGCAGACACAGCCAUCGCCUGCCCCAGCACUCCUGUCCCAGCUCGGGGCUGCCAGAGCCUGGGGGACACAUCCAGCACUGUCCUGACUGUGCCAGCGCCCUGUGAGGAGCCGGUGGCACUGCCAUGUCCCAGGCAGGAGGAGCUGAGGAGGCCUUUGAACACCGUGACGUGGUCAUCAACAGCCAGGACAAGGUUUCAGAUGUGUACACACAGCUGGAGAAGCUGGGGGAGGGGAAAUUUGGGACAGUCUACAGGCUGCAGGAGAAGGCCACCGGCAAAAUCCGGGCUGGGAAAUAUUUCCGGACGCGCACAGCGAAGGAGAAGGAGGCGGCUCGGGCCGAGGUGGAGCUGAUGAACCUCCUGCACCACCCACGCCUCGUGCAGUGCCUCGAUGCCUUCCAGGGCCCCGCCCAGCUGGUGAUGGUGAUGGAGUACGUGGCAGGUGGGGAGCUCUUUGAGCGCAUCGUGGACGACGACUUCGAGCACACGGAGCCCAGCAGCGCCCAGUACGUGCGGCAGAUCCUGGAGGGGCUGCAGUUCAUGCACGGCCAGGCCAUCGUCCACCUCGACCUCAAACCCGAGAACAUCGUCUGCGUCAGCCCCGGCAGCCACUGGAUCAAGAUCAUCGACUUUGGCUUGGCACGGAAGCUGGCUCCAGACACCCCCGUGAAGGUGCUGCACGGCACCCCCGAAUUCAUGGCCCCAGAAGUGGUCGCCUUUGAGCCCGUGAGCUUCUCCACGGACAUGUGGAGCGUUGGUGUCAUCUGCUACAUCCUGCUGAGCGGGGAGUCGCCCUUCCAGGGGGACACCGACAUGGAGACACUGAGCAACGUCACCGCUGCCCAGUGGGGCUUUGAGGAGGAGACCUUCUCGGAGAUCUCCCAGCAAGCCAAGGACUUCAUCGGCCAGCUGCUGCAGAAGGAGCCCCGCCGGCGGCUCCCCAGUGCAGCGGCUCUGCUGCACCCCUGGCUGCGGCAGCCCCAGCCCAGCAGCCCCAAGGCGCUGCCCAAGGAGAGGAUGCGGCAGUUCCUGGCACGUCGGAAGUGGCAGGUCUGGACUGCAGCCUGGAGGAGGAACAGCCCUCCAGGGCUCUGCCCCAACGAGGUCCCAACCCCUCAGAGCUGCUGGCAGACCGGGAGGAGGAGGAGGAGGACGAUGGUGGGAGCACUGCAGCCUCAGGGCAGUGACAGCGUGGCCCCGUCCCCCCAUCCUGGACCACCUCGGGAUGGGGAUGGUGCCCACUCCAGCAGCUCCCACAGUGACCUGGCCAGCCUGGGGCAGAGCCAGACCCCCUGUGGGGGAGCUCUGGGCUCCCAUGGUGCUCCCUCCACCAAUAAAGGACUGACACUCUCUGCACUCCCUGUGCUGCUCCUGUUUCCCCCAAACUCACUGAGUAGGAGCCGUAGGAAAGAGCUGCUCAAGCUGUGCUCACCCUUUAGGAUCUGGGAUCAGCCUUGUCCUCUCCAGGAGUGCUGCUGCCAGCCCUGGGCACAGCAGCCAUGGGUAUUCCUUGCUCCGAAGAGCAUUCCCUCCUUAUCAAGGUGUUGGCAUCGUGUCCUGAGCUCACAGGAGCCAGGAUGAGCCUUGGGGGCUCUGGUCUCUCUGUUUCUGGCCCAGCUCUGGUACCAGGAGGGCUGGAAAAUGCUGUGGGAGCUCCAGCCUUGGCCCGGGGAGGCAGAGCUCAGUGUCUGGGAGCCCUGGGGAAGAACAAGCCCAGGCACCAGGAUGUGACCCAGCUGGGACAGAGAUGGGGUUUGGGGUCCUGCUGGGCACUGGGGGGGCCAGGAACCAUCGGUGUGCCCUGGGUCAAAGGUGAUGAACGGGACCCGGGGCUGCAGGAGGAGGGAGGGAUCAUUCCCAAAAUCAGUGAGGCCACCCCUGCAGGACUGUGCUGCGUUCUGGGGCCCCCCUACAACAGUGCCAUGGACACACAGGUCUGAUGAAGGAUGAGGGAAAAGCUGGAGUCCCUCACUCACCUGAACCUCAGGAAAACGCUUUUUUACUGCUGAUGGAGUACUGGCACAGGUGACCAGGGAGGUUUUGCGCUCUCCGUCCUUGCAGCUAUUAAAACCCUCUCCAGGCGCAGUCCCGGGGCCCCUCCUGGAGCUGAGAU